GUUCACUGCUAUGCUGCUGAAUCACUGACUUGUUUGCCAUCCCAGUUUAUUGCAUCCAACCUAGCUCUGUAUUUUACAUUGCCAUUAAGAUCUCAGAUUUCAUAUUUAUCUUUUAUCUUUUGCAUCAACCUCAAUUAUCCUUCUUGCUCCCGUUCUUUCCAUCACUCUGCCCCUCAGGGAAAGCAAGUAACGGGUUAUCUGUUGUUCUCGCUGGGCACGGCUGUCAUCGGCUCUCUGCAGUUCGGUUACAACACAGGAGUCAUCAAUGCUCCGGAAGAGAAACUACGGUCGUUCUUCAACCAAACCUGGUUGCAGCGUUACAACGAGCCCAUCAGUGCAGGGGUUUGUACCAUCGUCUGGAGCAUCACUGUUUCCAUCUUCAGUGUGGGCGGCAUGGUGGGCUCCUUCAGUGUGGGCAUCAUGGCCAAUAGAUUUGGCAGACGGCGCUCCAUGUUCCUGGUGAACAUCCUGGCUGUGAUCGGAGGCCUCCUCAUGGGGUUCUCCACCAUCUGCUCCUCCUAUGAGAUGGUGAUUGCGGGUCGUCUGGUCAUUGGCCUGUUCUGCGGCCUCUUCACCGGGCUGACUCCCAUGUACGUGGGGGAGGUGUCACCAACACCUCUCCGAGGAGCAUUUGGUACUCUGCAUCAGCUCGGUGUGGUAGUGGGCAUCCUGAUUGCUCAGAUCUUUGGUCUGGAGGUUCUGUUGGGUUCUGACAAGCUGUGGCCCCUGCUGCUGGCCCUCACCGUGGCCCCUGCUGUGCUGCAGUGCAUCUUGCUUCCCUUUUGUCCUGAGAGUCCCCGCUUCCUUCUGAUCAACCUUAAGCAAGAGGAACAAGCACGCAAAGCUCUGGUUCGUCUCCGCGGCAUGGAGGAUGUGAACAAAGACCUCCAGGAGAUGAAGGAGGAGAGCGCCAAGAUGGCGAUGGAGAAGAAGGUGACCAUCGUUGAGCUGUUUCGCUCAGCGACCUACAGGCAGCCCCUCCUCAUCGCCGUCAUGCUGCAGCUCUCCCAGCAGCUGUCGGGAAUCAAUGCUGUGUUUUACUACUCCACAGGGAUCUUUAGCUCAGCUGGAGUGAAGCAGCCCAUCUUCGCCACAAUAGGAGCCGGAAUUGUCAACACUAUCUUCACCGUUGUUUCUCUCUUUCUGGUGGAAAAGGCCGGACGAAGGACUCUCCAUCUCCUGGGAUUGGGAGGAAUGGCUGUCAGUGCCCUGGUCAUGACAGUCUCCCUCCUGUUGAAGCACAUCCCAGCUAUGAGCUACGUGGCGAUUCUGGCUGUCAUGCUUUUUGUGGCUAUGUUUGAGCUGGGCCCCGGUCCCAUUCCAUGGUUCAUUGUGGCUGAGCUUUUCUCCCAGGGGCCCCGUCCUGCGGCCAUGGCUGUAGCAGGAUGCUGCAACUGGACAGCCAAUUUCCUUGUUGGAAUGAGCUUUCCUAAACUAGUGGAGUGGUGUGGACCCUGGGUGUUCCUCAUCUUCACUGCCUUCCUCAUCAUCUUUUUCAUCUUCACAUUUAUCAAAGUCCCUGAGACGAAGGGAAAGACAUUUGACGAGAUCGCCCGUGAAUUUGGCGGCGCUCCGCCUCCUGCCACCUCUUCCGCUGAGGAUCCUGGUGCCACUUCCAGCACCGCCAUAACGCUUCAAGCUUCUUCUCCUGAGAAAGAGAAGGUCCCGCUGGUGGAGGCGCCGGCUGCAGCUCCUGCUGCCGCUCCUGCAGUCGCCACUCCGGCAACAGAAACCACACCUCUUAAAGAUAAAUCCGGCGCACAAGGGGAGCAGGUGUAGACAGGUUUUAGAUUGGCGAGAGAAAUUACAAGUAACGGAAGAAUCACAGAAUACAAACAUGCUGAAACAGAGGAAUCAGUUUCAAUAUUUCUCUCCAACUUUAUGGUACAUUCCUGAAAUCAGCUGCAUCCAUUUAAAGGGUGAGUCAAGGUCAGUGUCUCUCAAGUCACGAUGACACUCAGAUCUGGUUACUUGAAACUUAAACAUGGGUCAAAAAUGUGCAGCUAAUUUGUUCAUUAAUGCAGUUUAUAAGCAGGGUGACUUAAGGUGAGUUGUGCAGAUUUAGACAUAGAAAACAGAGGUCAGUUCCAUGUCAUAUGAAUUAGGUGAAACGAUUAGCAAAGAUCCACAUUUAAACAAAUUUAUUUGUGUGUUUUUUUAAGUGUCAGAUGACUUAAUGUGUAUUUUCCCCUGGUUUAACUCCUAACAGGUCCUUUGGCCAGUUACUUGUUCCCCCAUUAGGCAGCAGGUCUAAUAUAUCUAAAUUGUGUUCUUUACCUUCCACUGGGAAUGUUUGCAUUAACAAAGUGAAUAACCACCUGAUGAACACAUCUAACCUCAUAAUGUAGUCUGCAGAGUUCACAGCAGCUGAAGGUACUAAAAUGCUUCAUUGUUGUUCAGAUUUUAACAUCUACAAUCAUUCAUUAUUCAGUAGGGGUUUAAUUACUGACUCACCUGGUUGUGUUUUGACAUGUUGGCCUAUUUAAGUACUGAAUGCUGCUAAAAUGUAACCAUAGCCAAUACAAAAAAAUAGACAUAACAGUUUCCUCAAAGAACUUUCACAUAGGCAUAUAUAUACAUGUGUUCAAACACAAAUACAACUUCAAUAAGAUUCGUAUAUGUGGCCUAGAAAAAUAAACACAUACAACACCCUUCACAUCCUUGUCAAUCAACAUACAUCUGCUUUAAUUUAGAUGACAUGACAGAGGAAGAUUUGACCCAGAGUCCUCAGUUGUGUAAACUGAGGAUUCUGGGAUCAUAAAUAGACUUAAAUAAAUGAAUUGAGAUUUUUUUUCUUCAUUUAUUUAAGGAGCUUUAAUUAAAGGAUAGAUUUUCGUCGUUUUUCAGUUUGAGAUUAUCAUGCCACAAGGAAAAUGUUAUUUACUUUUAGGCAUUUCAUACAUUUUUACAAGAGGUGCCAGUAAAAGUGGUGGGUGGUGUAUGUGCUGUAUGUGCAACCAUGAGAAUUAGUCGUUUGUCAGAUGUUCUUCUAGAAUCUAAUUAUUCCAACAGAGAAAUUUUAUGACAAAUUAUUUAUAGGACUGUGUAAGAUCUAAUUUUUUUAUUAAUUAUUUUAGAUUACAUAAAGAAAUAUAAUUGUUUUUCUGGCUUCAAAAGAUGAAAAGUGAGUCUUGGGCUUUUUGCUUUUAGUUGAGGAGUAACUGAAUUACUUGAGGGGAAAUUUUAGAUCAGUGUCUGUUUGUACACUUUAGUAAAAAAAAGAAAGUCUCUAAUUUAUGGUAAAAUAUGGUAGAGUCCAUAUUUAUAUGUUAAAAUUCUGCCUGUAUUCUACUGUAAAUUAGAGACUUUUUAAGGCGUAGUCAGGCAAGCUUUAGAGUCACUAUUCAUACUAUAAGUAGUAGAAGUAAUGAGCAUCACCGUUCUUUCCAUCAAACUAACACAGCGCUAAUGAUCUGCAUUGACAUUAAUAAUAACAACCAUAUAUCUAAGCAAGCUGUCAGUAGAACAGAUAAAGACUGUAUGAACUGUGCAAUCAUUGUUGAAAAAUAACUCUUAGCAGAUAGAGGCAACUAAUGGGGAAGUGCUAAUACUCUAUUAAUCCUGGCAGUUUAGCUUUAAGUGAAACAUGCAACGUUAGUGGUUUAAUAGAUAAUUAUGUCUGAUAUUACCUUAAUGUUUUGCAAAGCAAGAGACUAAUGCUUAAAAUCAAAGAAAACAGAUCUGUGAGGAUUACUUUGUGUAUAACCAAAACAAAAGAAUGUCAAUUUAAAAUUAUACAUGCCCCAUUUUUAGUCAUUAGAGCACUUUCUAUAAUUAAAAUAGUAUAUAUAUUUUUUUAAGAUGGAGUUUAAAUUAGAUUAUAUAAAUUUGAAUAAACAAUAAAUAAAGGCCUAAUGGGAGAGUUUUCAAGCAAUUAGUUUAUAUUUUGGUUGAAAAGCUAAUUGACAGACUGUUGUCUUUUACAGUCCAAAGGUUGUGGGGUCGGCUGUAGGAAUUAUGAUUAGCAAUUUUAUUUUUCCUAGACUGCAUCUGUUAACACAUUUCAAAAGUAUAUCAGAUUUCUAACAUGACCUUCUAAUAGGAUCCAAAAAGAGAAAAUCUUCAAAAGUCUACAAGCUGAGAAUGUAAAGCUCUGAAAUCAUUUUUCUCAGAUCAGUAAUAAUUUCUUUGUUUCACAAGAAUUUUAGCUCAUAUCUUCUCAUCAUUACCUGCAUAUUUCAGGGAAACAAUGCUUGUUUUCUAUACGUUUCACAUAAUUUAAUUAUCUCAACCAAAAAAUCUGCACUGUUGUAUGAAACCUAAUCUAACUUAUUAUUGAGUAAACGUUAAUAUAAAUGUAACAUACCUUGCUAUUACAACCAAAAAACAAGGUUUUAUAUCUCAACACACAGAAAAACAAAACAAUAUAUAGUGAUCUUAAACUUUGGCCUAAUUCAUCUGUGUCCGUUAGUUUUAUUUUUGAAAGCACAAAUGCACUUAACAGAGUUUUAAACAUGUGUUACAAAGUUUCUGGAUAGCCAGCAAAUACUUAAGUCAUUUUCUCKGACCAGCUGCUGCUCACCAAUAAAAUCCAAAUCUGUUAAGAAAUUAACAGCAGCUUUCAGAGAUCAUUAUAUUUCAAAUAUAUUUAAAUUACUAUGAAGAGUAUUGUAAGUCAAAAUGUAUUUUAAGCUUUUUGUGUGGGGUCCUGAUCCUGUCUGCGCUGUGACACUUUGUCUGCGUUGUUUAGUCUCAACAGAUUUAUGAAAUGUAUAUCUAAUACCGUAUGACAUGUGACGUGUGUAUGUGAGUAACACAAAGUAUAUUUUCUUUACUCUGUUAUUGUGUGGAUUGCUGUUGCUACUUGAACUCUAUUCUCACCCUUGCAGACCAUUUAUUUAUUUAUUUCUGUAUAUUUACGAUAGAAUUUACACUUGAAGAGGAAAACUAUCUAUAAAGAGAUAAAGUAUCUAUAGAGAGAUUUAAGAUUUAAACCACUUGUAUAAUUUUAGGACAUAACUUUGUAACUUUGCUGAUAUUUAAUUUUGAAUGGAUGUCAGAAGGCUUGUUAAGUGAAUUAUUUUUUUCACUGGAAACAUUGGACAUAUGUCCAUGAUAUUGGUGUAUUGUUCUGUAAUUGUGGAUGGUGAUGUUGUGUUUGCACUGAGGGAGGAUUGUUAGUGUCUAGUGGAGAUUAAUGUUAUAUUCAGUGUUUCCUGUUGAGGUGCUGCUUCUGUCUUUGGAUAUUUGCACUGCUCCCUUUUUACCCUAACAAGGAUUUCACUUCUAAACUCAAAAUGCUUGUUGUUCCACAUGUUGCUAUUGCCUUUUGUGAUGUCACAAACUCAGAAAAUUCUAAGCAGGCAAAUGGAGGAAUAUGUUUAUAAUAAGGAAAUAUGGACACGUUAUUAAAAUAUUUUAUUUAUAUAUUAUCUUUAUUUUUUUUUAACCAAUUUUCCAAAAGCAAAGUUGUGUUAGUGUUUCAAACUUGGCAGUAUAUGACUGACGAAGGAGCCAUUUUUAUUACGGUGGCUAUUGAUUGAAUUGGCAAUACUGAAACAUAAUCUUCUUCAAUAGCGAAUUGGCUACUAACACAAUCACUACAAGUUUUAUCUGCCUAGUGACAACACACCAAACUAAAUGCUCACAUUAAACUCAUAACUUUUUAAGCAAUGGCUGCUCUUGCUUUUCUAACUUCCUGUAGUAGCGCAGUAGCCACUACCAGGUGAUGCUGCAGUACUACCUCUGCCUAACAUUCAGUGAAGCUGCUGUUUUAUUUAGUCACAACUAUGGUACCUGUGGAACCAGCAGCCUCUGUUUUCCCACUUGUGCCUCCCAGAUUGGUGCUUCUCGUGUCUUAAGAUUGAAAUUUAAGUGUCAGACUUUCAUGUAAAGGAAAAAGUGGGGGACAUUAUUUAGUUUGGUUAAUCAACCCAAACCCUGCUUCUGAUUUUGAAAGAUUCAUUUUUGUCCAUAAGCCAUACUGUUUGGUACAAUUGCACUUAUAACAAUGAUUUAUUUUUUAAGGUCCAAGUUGUUAAAAAUAAUUUGCAACCAUUUCCUAAAGUUUGUAAAACAAUCUGUAAUAUAAACUAACCAAUAUAUAUAUAUAUUGUUGCCAACAAUCUGAUUUUAUUGUGCAAAUUCAUGAAUUUGGUAAGGAUUACAUGAAAAAUGCAGAGUUGAGAAAAGAACUUGGCAUGACUGUAGUUCUCUAUGUUCUCUGUAAAAUGGGACAGUUGUCUUAAGGUUUUAUCUAUUUUAUCCAUUACUCACUAUUGUCUUUAUCUUGCGUAUAAUUUUUGGUGAAGAUAUGCUACUGCUAAUGAAAUUUGCAAACCACUGCCAUGGUAUGUGACUGCGGUGAUGCAAUAAAGUAUUUGAAAGAAUUUAAUAAAGGAAUAAAAAAAAGGACCAAAGUGCAGACUGCUGAUAAUUAUAGCAAGCAACUGGAUGUACAAACUCAAACCCUUUCACACUGUACAGAGAAAAAUAGAAGCUUUCAUUAUUUUGUAAAUCUGUAUAUUUUAUUGAACACCGAUGCAUCUGUUGCAUUGUUCCAUGUCGUUUUAGAGUGCACAUUGUCUAGAUUCAUACACUGCUCCUCACUUUGGUUAAAUACAUUUCUAUGCUCAGAUUCAAAAGUCUAUUUUUAAAGGUCUGAUUGACGACUGCUGCUMAUCGUCUUAUUUUCCUUUUGUGUUUGUUCAUUCCUUGGUUGCAGCCAGGCCUCAUCAGAUUACAUUCUUAGUUUGGGCUGUUGUGUGUUUGCACCACGACUCUUUCACAUGUUGGCAAAAAGAGCAGCGGAGUGGCAAACACAUUAACUCAACAAUGAACUGUGACUGCUGCAUAUUAUUUAUCCGUUUGUUCUUCACUGUGAUGUUGCGCUGUAAGUGAGUUUUUUUUUUUGUCUACAUUUUGUGAUUUCUCACCUCACCUUCGUUUAAACUGAUUUUCAUUGUUUUGCUUAUGUUUUGAAUCACUCUUUCAUUCUGGAUGAUGCUGAAUUUGUGUCCCCACAUAAAAGGAGUUUGAGAACAGCAAGCUACAUUCAUUCUGGGCUUCAGUGCUGUGAUUGGAGAAAUAUUUGAUGUGUAACAGCUCCAUGUGUGUUGCCUUUGUGUUUUAGUGGCUAUACUGGAUGAGUACAUGAUGUGUAGCUUUCUAUCUUUUCUGUGUGCAACAGCAGUGAUGCACUCUUGACUGUUUCAUUUGCCCUGUACAUACCACAGAUGUUGUUGUUAAAUAAAGUUGCCAUCUUGUAUUGAG